AUGUCGGCAGCCCCACUCGCAAAGAUAAACUCGUCCUCGAGUGAAAUACCCACCCCUUCGCCACUCGAAACAGAGUUCGAGAGCAACACGGUAACGACUCCAACCACCAAUGCGUUUCCAAACUCGACCUCCUUCACGUCGCUGACGCAAACUCCGCCGUCGCUUCUGACAAGGAAUCCGUCUACCCUCUUUGAUAAGAACCUCGUGGAAACCCUAAAAAAACUGGCAAUAAAAAACAAAGGUGAGUUUAGAUGUUCCAACGUUCAGUGGGCCUUUGGUCUCGAUGACGACAAGCUCAAAAACAACAAACACGUAUCUAUCAAGACUUUGCUAAAUAAUUCGUUCCACUGGAAUUUCGUCAAGCUGCUUGUUUCCGCCGAAGGAAAAAUCACCGCAGGCAACUCAUUGCUGAUUGUGUCGGAUAUCCAAGAGUGUGGAAUUGACAUUUUCAACUUCGACUUGAUUGUGAAAUUGACCCCGAAAACAGGCAAUGCCAAAUCUUAUUUUUUCAAAUUCACCAACUUCAAUGACUACUUGGAGUUUCUUGCAUGCUUGCUUUCCUGGCACGGGUUGAAACAGAAAGGAUUGGUUUCGAAAUGGAACUUCACCAACUCUAUAAUCUACAACGACAACUUAAAGCCUAACGAAAUCAUCGUCUGUCGUUUCAAAGUCUUCGGCCCGCUACCCGCCUCAAGCACAAAAGUACAUAUUGACGAAGAUGGUCCUGAAAACCCCGUGUUUCCGACUCCCACAGACUCCAACUACAAGGAAGGUUGGUUCACCGUUAUUGGCCAUUUGUUACCAACAGGUAUCCUCAAUUUAGUAUCAGAAUUGGAUGGCACUCUCCUAUACUCAAUUAACGUCACCCUUUUGUUCAAUUCCGAAAUAAGGGUAUUGCAUCACUCAAUCUUACAAAACUCAAAUGUUUUGUUUUUAGGAUUUAUCGACGUGUUGAGAGAAAGCCACGACCUCCAUCCUGCAUCAGGCCUACAAUUCAUCCGAGAUAAUAAUUUCAAAGACGUUAGUCGUAUUUUGAUAGAUUUUGAUUUGCGAAUCGAUUUAGAAGAUUGGUUUGUUGCUUUAUCUUCAUUCACGAAACUGGAAUAUGUAGGUAAUCAGUUCACAGGAAACCGCCUCAAAAUUUCUGAGGAAUUGUCUCUUGAAAUAAUGGAAGCACAGUUUCAAUUGGAUAACCACGCCAUCGCAAAUAGUUCCAAUAACAAUUUUGCUGACAGCCUGAAGGAUUCAUGUUUAUAUUGCGAACUAAUUCUAUGGAACACUCCCUGGUUUAGAUCUGCUAUUGUCAAGACCGAUCAGCAUGCAUCAACUUUCUGGAAGGAACUAAUAAAUCUGAAGCUACCUAUUUCCAAUUCCAAUGACUUCAAAAUUCUUAUCAAAAGAGCAAAAUCAACAGAUUCUUACAAUAUUGACGGAGAAAACUCUGACGAAAUUAUAGGCACUUGUUUCGUUAACUUGGAGCUUUUCGAAGACGUCCAAUUUUUACAGAAAAUUCCAAUUCACAAUUUACAGAAUAAGUUGAUUGGUAAACUGAUGAUCAAUCUUUCUCAAGACGAGACCGUCAUCUUACCUUUCCAAAAAUAUAAAUCACUAGAAAAUAUUUUAAUGAACUCCAAGAUUGAGUCCCUAAUUUCUUACUUGGAGCCUAAAUCAAGCACCUCAACUCUAGAAGCUUGGUCAAUAAUGUUGUUAGAUAUUUAUCAAAGCUUAGGCAAGGAAGACGAGUAUUUCGAAACUUUGAUGAAGUACGAACUUUCUCCGAUCGAUUCACUCAAUAAUUCCAACAUCAGUGAUACACUUGGUUCCCACAACAACAGUACCGACAAUACCCUCAAUAUAAACAAUAGCAAUAAUAGCAAUGGCGGAACUGCAAACAAUAGUUUCCGUUAUCAUACCAUUUUUAGAGGCAACUCAAUGCUUUCAAAAUCCUUAGAGAAAUAUACCGUUAGAGUGGGCCAUGAAUAUCUAGAAAAGUUGUUAGGCAAAUUUAUUGAAAAGGUUCGGGUUGAAGACCUCAACUGUGAAUGUGAUCCAAAAAUUGAACCUGAAACUUACCAAGAGAAUUAUCAAAACCUUUUAAGAUAUGUUGAAUAUCUAUGGAAUAGAAUAUACCAGACAACCAAUGAUAUUCCAUCAAGUAUCAAAGUCCAAUGGAAAAACCUACGCCAAAACGUGGAACUUUCAGUUGAUUUAAAUGACAAGGAGACUCCUCUCAAUGCAUUGAGUUCCUUCAUUUUCUUAAGAUUUCUAUGCCCAGCCAUCUUGAGUCCUAAAUUGUACAAUUUAUCCAAAACGCAUUACUCGGGCAAAAUAUCACGUACAUUGGUUUUGAUUGCUAAAGUACUCAUGACUUUUUCAAAUAGAUCCAAAUUUCAGAAACAUAGGGAACCAUUUUUGAUACCAUUGAAUGAUGACUUCAUAGAGAAACACCGAGAAGAAAUGUUGAUUUACUUUGAUAAAGUGACGUUCAGAAAGAUGGAUUUCAAUGAAAGGGUUUUGAAUAUGUCAAAUAUUGUUGACAGGAUCCAGUUGAACACUUCGAAGGACAUUUUAAACGAGUUACCAACCAUGCCAUUUUUGAUUGACAAAUAUUUGAAUAUUGCCAAAUUGGUGGAAUUGCUCAGCAAAUUUUACCAGGCAGAAAAGGAAGAGGUUGGACCUGAAAAGGAUAGCAUAGGUAAUUAUCAAAUUGAAGGAUUCGAUGAUACUGGCCUGGAUGAUGAUUUCCUUACGUCGUUAAUCAAUGAUGAAAACAAUGCAUUGAACAGCUUGCUAUCCAAACACGAGUUCAAAUUGAAGGAUAUGAAAAAGCAAUCUGCUGUACUGUUGAAGGAAACCGAAUCUGUGGAAAAACAAUUAAUUGAGGCGGAAUACCCACAUAACAUCGAUGACAUAUGGGAUACGUAUGUUUCGUGCUUGAUUAGAAGUUGUCGUUUGAACAUUGCCACCACGAGCACUACUCCGACGAGUAUGACAAUGGUAAGGAAUUCCGAUUCUGAUGGCCAUGUUAUAUUCGACUCUGACUUAUUUCACAAUAUGAGUCUACAACCGAACGAGGAUGAGUUAUCAAAGCUGAACACUUUUUUGACCAGUCUUAUGGUUCAAAACGAAAAGAAGAAGUUGAACAAGUCAACUCUGAUCAGUAACCGGUCGGGUAGUGCUGUUAGUGCGACCCAGCUUCAGGGAAAUGGCUUUGGCAGCCCUGAGAAGCCUAAGAUCAAGCUGGGGAAGAAGGUUUCUGAAAGUGAUGAGAGCGGGAAGAAAAAGACACUGUUUAGGAAUAUCUUCAAACGCGGCAAAAACUAG